AUGUUGGAUCCCUAUGCUAAUACGACCAUGAGAGUGCUGGAAGCAACAAAUUUCAGUUUGUUACUCAACGAAACUUGGAAUGCCUUUCUCGACGUUGUCGGUGACAAUCCCGCUAAUAUCUACAUCUGGGGCUUGACAGCAUGGGCUUACGGUCUGUUCUGGUUUAUCGGAGGAUUAUUUAUCUUCAUGGAUGUCACCAACAAACCUGCUUUCAUGCGAAAAUACAAAAAUCAACCCGGCACAAACGAACCCGUCGAUAUGGAUAAACUGAAACAGCUGGUGAAAACAGCAUUGAUCAAUCAAUUUAUCUGGGGCAUUCCAACGACCUGCGUCACAUAUUACGCGCGAGUUUGGUUGCUGAAUAACAUACCCGACAUACGGGUUCUACCGUCAAUCUGUAUAAUCAUUCGGGACUUGCUAAUAUGCGUUCUGGUUUGGGAGGUUACCUCGUACUAUAGCCACCGUCUACUGCACGCCAACUUCCUGUACAAGCACAUCCACAAGAAGCACCACGAAUGGUUGGCUCCUAUCGCGUGGUCAGCGAUUUACGUUCAUCCGAUCGAGUAUCUCGCCAGUGGACUACUCCCGGUGUACGCAGGACCUGCACUGUUGGUCAGUCAUCCAGUGACAAUUGCAGUCUGGUUUGUGUUUGUCAUGAUGACCACUCUGGAAGAUCACUCCGGUUACCACCUACCGGUAAUUGGAAGCUCAGAGCAACACGAUUAUCAUCAUUUGAACUUCAACCAAUGCUACGGAUUAUUCGGUUGGUGGGACACUCUUCAUGGCACGAACGAAGAAUUCCGGAAAAAGAAACAAUACUUACGUCAUAAGCGAAUAUUUUCCACAAAAUCGGCCAGAGAAAUAGUUCCGGACAAUUGA